GCCUCUCGCAAAGACAAAGUGGACUUCGACGAGAACUGAGUUGCGAUAAACUUUGACGAAGCUUUGACGUGAAGAAAAGAGAGGAAAGUCGCACUACAUUUGAAAGAAAUGAAGUUCCAUUUGCUGAUUUCGUCCCUCUUUGUUCUCACCGUAAUUCCAAGGAUGGAUUCUAAGGCUGCGAAGUUGGUACCAUUCAACGAAGAGGGAAGUGACAACUUCAACAGUGUCUUGGCACAGGAUGAGUUUAGGCCUCAUCCUCCUCCAUCAGGCAAACGCAGUGCCGACAUCAACUUCAACACCGACGACUACUACGAUAGGAUUCCUCCCCCAGGGAAACGCAGUGCCGGUAUCAACUUCAACACCGGCGACGACUACGAUAGGAUUCUUCCCUCAGGGAAACGCAGUGCCGGUAUCAACUUCAACACCGGCGACGACUACGAUAGUAUUCCUCCUCCCCCAGGGAAACGCAGUGCCGGUAUCAACUUCAAUACCGGCGACGACUACGAUAGGGUUCGUCUACCCCCAGGGAAACGCAGUGCCGGUAUCAACUUUAAAACUGUGGAAGACUAAGAUUAGUUUUGGUCUCUGGUGCAGCUGGCGAGCGAAAGUAGGACGAUUUUACUAAAGAUUCGAACGAUUACUACACCAUCUCAAAGCGAGAGGAUUGUAUACUACUAUAGGGCAAAGUCAAGUUUCUAUAGGAUAGUUUUUACGUUUCUGUUGACCGU